GACGUCAUGAUGUGUGACCGAGACGAGAUGAAAACUGUCACACAGCAACAAACGCCUUUCGCUUGGCGGCGUUCGUUGUUUAUCGAUAACAAGGAUGUACAAAAGAUUUGAAACCUAAAUUUUUGACUGAUGACAGAUUGUCAUCUUUGACUGAUGUAAAACAUGUUCCCUUGUGGUGCCUGUGUGCUGUGCUAUAUUGUGCUUGGUGGACUUGCUCUGUUGAUUCUUGGAUUGUUUUUACUGAAGGUUUAUGUAAAAGUAACAUGUGGUGUUUGCACCAGCACAAAACGCAUGGAAGGAAAGACAGUGAUUAUAACAGGAGCCAACUCAGGUAUUGGCAAAGAGACAGCAUUUGAAUUGGCAAGAAGAGGGGCAAGAGUAAUUAUGGCAUGUCGCUCUAUUGAUGUUGCAAAGAAAAUCCGUGAUGAAAUAGUAGCAGCAACUGGCAAUGAAUCAGUAUUCGUGCAGCCUCUUGAUCUUAGCAGCCUGGAGUCUGUUCGAAAGUUUGCUACUGCCAUUAAGUCUUCAGAGAAACGUCUUGAUGUGCUGAUACACAAUGCAGGUUGUGCACAUGCAUUUGGACCCAAAGCCACAGAGGAUGGACUGGAACUUACUAUGGCCACCAAUCACUAUGGACCGUUUCUACUGACACACUUGCUGAUUGAUCUCCUGAAGCAGUCAGUGCCCAGCCGAAUUGUUGUUGUGGCCUCAGAACUCUAUAGAUUUGCCAAGGUUGAUCUACAAAAUGUAAAUCCACUGAAGACUUUCCCUGGCUACCUUUACUAUGUGUCUAAAUAUGCCAACAUCAUGUUCACAUUAGAACUUGCCCGGAGACUGGAGGGAACAGGAGUCACUGUUAACUGCUUGCAUCCAGGCAUGAUUGACUCGGGAAUAUUUCGAAAUGUGCCUUUCCCGCUGAAUCUACCCAUAAAACUGAUUGCAAAACUAUAUUUCAAGACUCCGGAACAAGGGGCACAAACAACUCUUCAUCUAGCUAUAUCAGAAGAAGUAGAAGGUGUGUCUGGAAAGUACUACAUGGAUUGCAUGGAAAGGGGCCUGUCACAAGGAGUGCAAGACAUGGCUGCUGCAAAGAAACUGUGGGAACUGAGUGAGGAUCUUGUGAAACUGCAACCGUCAGAUCCUCAUCUGUAAUUUUUCACUGACUGUUUUUUUUCAUAUUUUAAAUGUUUCCAUUGUUUUCAUUUUGACUGAAUUCCAUAGUUGUAAGAUCCUACAUGAGUUACUCUGCAAGUAUUAUUUCUUUUGUUUAGAGUAUGGUGAUGCAAAGAGACUUGUAAUGGCCAGUAUCUUAUUUAUGAAUAAAAGAAUCUCUGUGCCUUUUUGUGAGCAUGCCUGUCUAUCACAACUGGACAAAUUGCAGCAAAAACAGUAAUAAACAAAUCUGAAAAGCCA